GCUGUUGAGUUCUUAGUGCUUGAGAUUCCGUUUUGGAGUAUUGGAAUUUUUAAGUGUUUUUCGAAUUGUCUCAUGAUUUUUUUGGUUAGUUUUGAGUAGAAUUCUGAACCUGUUUUUGAUUAGAUAAAAUACUAUUUCACCUUUUCUUUUGUCUCUCUUUGAGUGUUGUCUGCAAAGGAUUCGAGUAGACUAUUAACUAGAUAAUGGAUUUCAACCUUAUGUUGUUAUUUUUCUUUUUAUAUGUAGUGAAAUGAUUAUUGGGGCUAAUUUUAACUGGAGCGUUGGAAUUUGUUGGAUUUUUGAAUUUUCUGCUGAUUUCUUGUUAGUUUUCAGCAGUAUUCUGAAUUUGAUAUAGAAGAGAAAAUAACAAUUUUCACUUAGUUUUGGUGAUCUUUGAGUAUUCUCUGGCUAGAAUUUAAAUAGAUAAAUGAACGUAUUCAGGAUUUUGAAGUAAAGGUGAUGUUUUUUGAGGGUGGGCCCUGGCGUCAUGGGUGUCAUGAGUUUGGAAAUGGCCUCCACACACGGAGUGAGGCUGUGUAUAUCUGACCCUUCCAGACCCUGCAGUGGCAGGAGCCUUAUACACUGGGCGAAUUUCUUUUUUUUUUUUUUUCUUUUUAAAACAAAGGCUAGUGAGCUGGUAAUGGAGGUUAAGCUUAACUUUAGUUUGAUAUAUACUAUAUAGUUGUUCUAGAGGUAGAUAUUUAAUGAGUAGCGUCAUUGAAUUUGGAAUUGUAGCGCGAUUAAGAUGAAGCCCAGGAAGAAGGGGGAUGAAGAGGAGGAAGGGCACUGGGCAAACUCUUCAAGAAAGGAUUGUUCACUUAGGCUAAUAAAGAUUUUUUUCCGCAUAGCUGUGUUCGUGGCAGGGUCAGUUCUAGGCUUGUCAUGGGGCGUGCGUCUCAAUCAGCAUGUAUCACAGACUGAUAUCUUCUUUCCGGCAAAACUAUACACAAACUGUGGGAAGCCUAGCUUGAACUUUAACAAUUUCAUUGAGCCGUGCAAUUUGAUGCAUAUGAUGACAGAUAAAGAGCUCUUUUGGAGGGCUUCAAUGGUAUCCAAGAGAAAUGAGUAUCCAUUCAACAGAGUGCCAAAGGUGGCCUUCCUGUUUAUGACAGAAGGACCUUUACCACUCUUACGGUUGUGGGAUAGGUUUUUCAAAGGUCAUGAAGGGCUCUUCACAGUUUAUGUGCAUGCAUAUCCAGGGUACACACUUGAGGUCCCCGAGAGCUCUUUCUUCUAUGAUCGCCAAAUUCCAAGUGAGAAGACUAAACAUGGCCUAAUAUCACAAGUAGAUGCGGAAAAGCGUCUCUUGGCCAAUGCUUUGCUGGACUUCUCCAACGAGCGCUUUGUUCUGCUCUCUGAGAGUUGCAUUCCAGUUUUUAAUUUCUCCACUGUCUAUAAGUACCUCACUAAAUCUGCCUACAGCUUUGUGCAGUCUUAUGAUGAAAACUCAUUCCAAGGCCUCGGACAUUAUAACAGCCACCUGGCCCCUGAAAUCAAGCUUCCUCAAUGGAGAAAAGGGUCUCGGUGGUUUGAAAUCCAGCGCUCGUUGGCAGUCAAUAUAGUUGCAGACAAGAAGUACUACUUUUUUUUCAGGGAAUAUUGUAAAACCAAUUGCUACCCUGAUGAGUUCUACAUCCCUACCUACUUGAACAUGUUCCAUGGAUUAUCGAAUGCGAACAGGACUGUGACUUGGGCUGGCUGGUCAAUUGGAGGUCAUCACCCUGCAACUUACGGCCGCGAAGACAUCACGGAAAGCUUGAUUCGAUCUAUCAGAAGUAAUGGGACCAUCUGUACAUACAACUCCAAACCAAGUUCUCUCUGUUUCCUUUUUGCAAUGAAGUUUUCUCCUGAUGCAUUGGAACCCCUACUCAACCUCACUUCAACGGUCAUGAAAUUUUAAAUUCUUUUUCUAGGCCUCUCCUUUUGCUUCCCCCUUGUUUCUUCCCCCCUCUCUGGUCAGCAGAAGGGAAUCCAUUUUCUUAUCCAUACAUUCUUACCUUGUAUAUUUGGAUUAGAAAGCUUUAGAGCAUGUAUUCUAUGAUGCUAAAAGCUCGAGUUGAAAGGUCAGUUCGUCCUAUAAUUAAUCAGCUUCUAAUUUUCUUUUCCCAA